AUGGAUGUGGUAACACAGCCAACCCAACAAGCUACUCAAGCUACACAGAAAUAUCUUAUCGAUAAGUUUUCACAAGAGCAAAUUGAUGACGAUGUUGUUUGUCGAGUAAUAUGUACUUCUGGUCAGAUUAAUCUUCGAGAUUUGAAGGUGAAGCCAGAGGCAGUGUUGAAGAAUCCUGCAUCGAUAAAGAAGACAUGGACAUUUGGUAGGAACCAAGCGUGUGAUUAUUAUUUAGGAGAUAUAUCAAGACUUUCGAAUCGGCAUUUUGUCAUCAUGCUUGGGGAAGAGGGGACGCUUAUGAUCAAGGAUACAUCUACCAACGGGACUUGGUUAAAUGGCGCCCGGAUACAGAAGGAUACCAAUCACAUCCUUACACAGGGGGACGAGAUCAGUGUUGGCGUAGGCGUUCCAAAGGAUGUGGUUAGUUUGGUUAUAUUUGUUAACGAAAAUUUCAAACGAACGUUGAAAGAACUUGGUAGUGCGAGGAGAGUUGGGUCCCCAAGUUCAUCUGAAACAGGAAGAGGGUUGGGUGAAAUCGAACUAAAGGGAAUACACAAAAAAUACUCAAUAUCGGACUCCAUUGUGGGGCAAGGUGCCUUUGCAACAGUCAAAAAAGCCGUUGAAAGGUCAACUGGUAAAACUUUUGCUGUAAAAAUAAUACAUAAACGGAAAGUCAUGGAUAAAUUUGAUGGGGUGAAGCGAGAGCUAGAUAUCUUGCAGAAACUUGACCACCCUCGUAUUGUCAAGCUCAAAGACUUUUAUGAAGAUGAUGAUAAUUACUACAUGUUGAUGGAGUUUGUUAGUGGAGGAGAUUUAAUGGAUUUUGUUGCGGCGCAUGGAACCGUUGGGGAAGAUGCCGGAAGAGAAAUAACCAGACAAGUACUAGAGGCUGUUAAAUACAUGCAUGAUCAAGGUAUCAGCCAUAGAGAUUUAAAACCAGAUAAUAUUAUGAUAGAACAAGAUGACCCAGUCCUGAUCAAAAUUACUGAUUUUGGCUUAGCUAAAGUUCAGAAUCAGAACACUUUUUUGAACACAUUCUGUGGUACACUUGCAUACGUGGCUCCUGAAGUUAUAGAAGGGAAAAAUAUUGAGGACAAAACCAACAGAGAUCUUUAUUCAUCUCUGGUAGACAUGUGGUCUAUUGGGUGUCUGGUAUAUGUCAUUCUGACCGGUCAUCUUCCAUUUAGUGGUCAGUCUCAAAAUGAACUUUUCAAGCAAAUCAAACGUGGUUCGUACCACGAGGGUCCAUUAAAAGACUAUAGAAUAUCUGAAGAGGCACGGAAUUUCAUCGACUCUUUAUUAAAUGUUGAUCCAAAGGAACGAAUGGACGCCGAAAAAGCGUUGCAACAUCCUUGGAUCAAGAUGGCAUAUACUGAUAGUGCAGAAUCGCAGAUAUCCAUAUCACAGUCUUUGUCUCAGCAGAAGUUCGUAGAUAGCAUGAAUGAACUGGAAUAUGGUUCUUAUUUGGCAAAGAAAAGAUCAGAAGCUUCCAAAAAGGAGCCUGCGCAACCAUUGUCUAAAACUACAAAUAAGGACCCUGUAUUCAAAGUUCCACAAAUUGCACCACUAAAAGCUAGUCAACCACAGGGUCUCCAAUUUAACUCUUCUAAAGCCAAUCCGAUGAAAUCACAUAAUAAUCAUAAUUCAGAUACCUCUUCUAACUCCCAGAAUAACAAACGCAUAAGCAGGCCUUUAACAAAGGUAAACGGAAAUGGUCUAUUCCUUACGUUGCAUUCACUCCCUAACUCUUCAAUCAAAGGGAAGAUUGAAAUAAAACAGGGUAUCAAUCCAUUCUUUAUCGGUAGAUCCGAUGAAUGUAACUGUAAAAUUGACGAUAAUCGUUUAUCGAGGAUACACUGUUUUAUUCUAAAGAAGAGACAUGCCGUUGGUGAUAGCAUAUAUGAAUCACCUGCACAAGGUUUGGACGAUGUGUGGUACUGCCAGAGUGGAACUAAUUCUAGUUAUGUGAAUGGUAAAAAAGUUAUAUCUGGUACUAAGAUUUUACUGCAUGAAGGUGACGAAGUACAAAUCAUAUGGGACAAGACAAAUGGUGACACCGUCUCUUUCCAGGUUGAAUUCAAUGAUACCACUGGUUUAUUCCAAAAAGGUAAGAGAGAUAUAAAUGAAAAGAACUCCAAAGUCUUGCUGCAUAAGCAAACCCAAGAAGAAUUGGGUCUCGUUCCAAAGUUUAUGGAGUUUAUGAAGUCAAGGUCAUCACAUCAUCCAAGGAGUCAAAAAGAACAACAAUUGUCGAUCAAUUAUCUAUCUCAAAACUCUGAUUCUGCAGAUGAAAAUACAGAACAAAGCACAAAUAAUGCUCUCAAAAGAGUUCAUUCAGUAUCUCUUUCACAAUCACAACCUCAGACAACGAAAAGGGCAAAACUUGCUCAAACACAGAAACCAGAUUUUGAAGGAUUUUUGUGA